AUGAUGUCCAUCAAGCUGAACCCUCAGGAACUGCGAAACAGUGAUGGAAUUCAGAAAGUUUGUGAGAAAAUCGCUUCUGAGGAGGAAAAUGUCGAGAAACAGUUGGAAACUUUGCUUGCUAGACAGUGUCAUUUGGAGGCAAAACUUCGAAGUGUCACCAAAGCACUACCUAACCUUCAGAUAGUGAAGACUGAUGCCCAACAGCUCUCCCAGAUGAUUGCACACACCUCGACUUUGGCCGAAAACGUUAGCGCUAAAGUUCGCAAGCUCGAUGACGCAAGGAGCCGUGUUUCAGAGUGCCAGCAACGUGUUCAUGAUCUCCUGGAUCUUCAACUCUGCAGUGAAGGCGUCAAGUUAGCUCUGCAAGAGGAAGACUAUGAAAAAGGAGCUGCACAUGUUCAUCGGUUUCUUUCGAUGGACCAAACUCUUUUGCGACAGACAGCUGAUGACGUUCAACAAGAUUGCACAGCUGUCACGAAUUCAUUCUCCUUGCUUCACAAGGCUGCUGAACUGCUACAGACCGAAGUUACAUCUCGAUUUGAUGAAGCAGUCAGAGCUGAUGAUCUGGCAUCAGUUGAAAGAUUCUUUAAAAUAUUUCCUUUACUUGGACUCCAGGAUCAGGGUUUGAGUAAAUUCUCAAUAUUUCUGUGUUCCAAACUUCAAGAAACAGCUCGAAAGAACUUAAAAUCAGCUCUUGAGACAAGAUCUGCAGACAAAAGAGCAAGUGUAAUCUAUGCAGAUACGUUGACUCUUCUAUUUGAGGGAAUUGCUAGAAUAAUAGAAAUCCAUCAACCUCUAAUUGAAAGCUAUUAUGGACCAGGUCGUUUAUUAACUGUGGUCAACGCAUUGCAAGAAGAGUGUGAUCGCCAGAGUAAACUUGUUAUGAAUGAGUUUCGUAAGCAUAGGCAAUUGGAUUCAGCUCUUGCACAAAUUGCAGAUUGGUUAAGAAAUGCCAGCAGCUCUGCAAGUAGUAGUAACUUAAGUGGGGCAGCCACAGCUCAACAAAACCGCACCGAUCCCAAAAACCUUGACCUUUUAUUGGGUGAACUGACAAUAAUGCAUGCACGUGCAGAAAUGUAUGUCCGUUUUAUUAGGCGUAGAGUGCAAAAUGAUGUUGAAGUCGGGGUUCCAGCAGAAAUAACUCGAGAACUUCUAAUGGAUAAGUUAGAGACAAUGCUACGCAGUUCUGGUCUUUGUCAUUCUAUGCAGGCUCUACUGGGCAAUUAUCUCCAGCUGGAACACUAUUUCAUGGCUGAAAGUGUGAAGAAAGCUGUUUCUAUGGAUCAGUUGGAAGAUAAUCUUCAAAUUCAGCAAACAUCUAGCAUGGUUGAUGAUGUAUUUUUCAUUGUGAGGAAAUGCAUUAGGAGAGCAAUAUCAAGUUCUAGUUUGGAUGGUGUGUGUGCUGUAUUGAAUAAUGCAUGCAGCCUCUUGGAGGCAGACUAUUGUUCAGUUCUUCGCAGCCAGUUACGCCAAGGAUACAUGUCUGGGUACUUAGAUUUAACUCAGGCCUAUAAUGCUCUUCAAAGCUCUUUGCAGCAAGGAAGGUUGCAGGCUUCUGACUCUGAAAAGGCUCGCCUCAAAUUUUUGGCAUACCUUAACAAUGCUGACGUAAGCACUGAGUAUAUUGCCACUCUUCGCUUGAGCUUAGGAGAGGAAAUGGCUGCAGCCCUGCCUGGCAUGACUGACAGAGACAGAGCAAAACUGGAGAGUUGUUUAAGUGGUAUGGGAGGAGUCACUGCUUCCCUCCGUGCUCUUGUUGAAUAUGGUAUGAGUCAAUUAUCUGCAAGUGCCAUAAAACCACGGGUGAGCCCGUGGGUAGACGCCUUCCUAAACGUCAGCCACAUUCUUACAGAGGAGGAGUUUUCUGGUUAUGAGGCUAAUGAACCAUUUGUUCGCAACUUGGUGGCAAAUUUGGAUUCUCUUCUUUCGUCCUUUAAACCAAGCUUGACUCCAACUAAUUAUGAUACAUUGGUCAGCAUUCUUGCCACUGAAGUUACUCACCAAAUGGAAAAAGUAAUUGCAAAGUCAUCAUUCAAUAGGCUUGGAGGAUUAGUUUUAGACAAAGAAGUAAGAGUUCUUGUUGGGUACCUGACAAAUGCUACAUCAUGGUCUAUAAGAGAUAAGUUUGCCCGUCUUACACAAAUUGCCACUGUCUUGAAUCUGGAGAGAGCAUCUGAAAUAUCUGAUUAUUGGAGCAGUGAGCCAGGAGCAAUAGCAUGGCGCUUGACAUCAGCUGAAAUUCGACACUUUAUGACUCUAAGAACUGAUUUUCGAAGUGAAGAUAUCAAGAGAAUAAAAUUAUAAUGAUCGAUACAGAAGCAAAUAACAAUAAUUUGUUAAUUUAAAAUGAGAUGGCAGGGUUUAAGACUAGUGGACCAAAUAUACAAUAAUAGCAGGUUUUAAAA